UGUUCUGUGAUGUUUAGUCUAAAUGCCUUCAUAGAAAAAAACACUCUUCUAUAGGAAAAAAAUUCAGAUAGUUUAUGUUUUGUUUUUAUUAAAAUGGAAGAAGUUCAGAGACAUUCAGUUCAUACUUUAGUUUUUAGGUCUUUGAAAAGAUCUCAUGAUAUGUUUCUAUCUAAUCGAGGGUAUUUACCACCAGAAGACGAAAAUGCGGAAAAGACAUAUCAAGCUACUAAAGCAAGGGACUUAUAUGGUGAAGUGUUUGAUGAUGUAAAGAAAAUGAAAGCCAUGAAAACUUUAAGAGAUGUGGAAGCUGGACCAAAUCCACCACCUCCUGGUACUAAUCACAAUGUGGACAAUGAUACUACUGAAAAUGCCCUUGUACCAGUUGCAGUUACAAAUGACAAUGCCUUGAUGCGCACUAGUCAGAAUUCAAACCAGAACCAGUUAAUGAAUACUAUUAAAAAAACACCAAUUAUGCCUAAACCUAAAUGGCACGCACCCUGGAAAUUAUAUAGGAUAAUUUCAGGACAUUUGGGUUGGGUACGUUGUGCAGCAGUAGAACCAGGCAAUGAGUGGUUUGCUACUGGUGCAGCAGAUAGGAUUAUAAAGAUCUGGGAUUUGGCAACUGGCUCUCUUAAGGUAUCCUUAACUGGCCAUGUUAGUACUGUUAGAGGAUUAGCUGUUAGUGCUCGACAUCCAUAUUUAUUCAGUUGUGGUGAAGAUCGUCAAGUAAAGUGCUGGGAUCUGGAGUAUAAUAAAGUAAUAAGACACUAUCAUGGCCAUCUCUCUGCGAUAUAUUCCCUUUCACUCCACCCAACAAUUGAUGUAUUGUUAACAGCUGGAAGAGACUCUACGGCAAGAGUGUGGGAUAUGAGAACUAAAGCCAAUGUACAUACCUUAACUGGUCAUACACAUACAGUUGCAAGUGUUAUAACUCAAGCAACAGAACCACAGGUUAUCACAGGAUCUCAUGAUACUACAAUAAGGUUAUGGGAUUUAGCAGCUGGAAAAUCAAUUUGUACCUUGACAAACCAUAAGAAGAGUGUAAGAAAUGUUGUAUUCCACCCAACAUCAAACAUGUUUGCUUCGGGGUCGCCUGAUAAUAUCAAACAAUGGAAAUGUCCAGAUGGAAAGUUUAUACAAAAUUUGACAGGCCAUAAUGCUAUUGUGAAUUGCUUGGCCGUUAAUCCAGAUGGAGUUCUGGUUUCUGGAGGGGAUAAUGGUACACUUCAUUUCUGGGACUGGAGGACAGGUUACAACUUUCAAAGAAUGCAAGUUCCUGUACAACCUGGUUCAAUGGACAGUGAGGCUGGUAUUUUUUCAAUGACAUUUGAUCAAUCUGGCACAAGAUUAAUAACUACCGAAGCAGACAAAACAAUAAAAAUUUAUAAGGAAGACGAUGAAGCAACAGAAGAAACUCAUCCAAUCAACUGGAAACCUGAUAUCCUUAAACGAAGAAAGUUUUAGAACUGAAUAUUUCAUAUUUUUAUGUGUACAUAGUUUUUUAUCAACUCUCAAUAAGUUUAUUUUAAUAAAUUACAUUUUGUGAGA